UAGCCCAUCAGCAGCCCAGCCCAGAUCCCAUUUGGCGAAAAUUAUUACCAGUUCGAAGACUGUUGCUCGCUUUCUUUGCUCCUCUUCCUCUCGAGCGGUCUGAGAUCUCGUGUUGCUUCUCUCCGAUCCCUCACAAUUAGGGUUGCAAAUGGGCGAUUCAACUUCAGCGGUGCAAGAGAAUCAGAAGCUAGGGUUUGAUUUGGGAGUAUUUGUUGGGGAUCUGGCUGUAGAUGAAGAUGAUGCUAGCGGUGAUGAUAUAUCAUUGGACGGGCUUCGAGAGGAACUGGAAGAAUGUAAGGAUGAUCUUGAGGUAGCAAAUAUCCUUUCUAAAGGAACCAAACUGCGGGAGUACACAAAGGGUGUAGAGAACAAUGUGCACCAAGUUGAACUAGAUUCCAUUCAGGAUUACAUCAAGGAGAGUGAUAACCUAGUUCUAUUACAUGAUCAAAUUCGUGACUGUGAUAAUAUCUUAUCACAGAUGGAAACCCUUCUUGGUGGGUUUCAGGCUGAAAUUGGUUCUAUAAGUUCAGAGAUCAAAAGUCUUCAAGAGAAGUCCAUGGACAUGGGAUUGAAGCUGAAAAAUCGCAAGGUGGCAGAGUCAAAAUUGACAAAGUUUGUUGAAGACAUUAUUGUGUCACCAAGAAUGGUGGAUAUACUUUAUGACGGAGAGGUGAAUGAUGAAUAUUUGAAAACCCUCGAGACCCUUAGUAAGAAACUGAAGUUUGUUGAAGCUGAUUCACUGGUCAAGGCAUCAAAAGCUCUGAAGGAUGUUCAGCCUGAGCUCGAAAGGCUUCGGCAAAAGGCUGUAUCAAAGGUAUUUGAAUUUAUUGUUCAGAAGCUCUAUGCAUUGAGAAAGCCAAAAACAAAUAUCCAGAUCCUACAGCAAAGUGUUCUUCUGAAAUACAAGUAUGUGAUUACUUUUCUUAAAGAACACGGCAAAGAGAUUUAUGCUGAGGUCCGUGCAGCUUAUGUUGAUACAAUGAACAAGGUUUUAAGUGCACAUUUCCGAGCAUACAUACAGGCGAUGGAGAAGCUGCAACUUGAUAUAGCAUCACCAAGUGAUUUGAUUGGAGUUGAUACCCGGAGCUCUGGCCUUUUCUUAAGGGGAAGAGAACCACUGAAAAACCGAUCUGCUGUUUUUGCUUUGGGAGACAGGAUAAAUGUUUUGAAAGAAAUUGAACAGCCUGCAUUGAUCCCACAUAUAGCUGAAGCUAACUCUCAAAAAUAUCCGUAUGAAGUUCUUUUUAGGAGCUUACACAAGCUUUUGAUGGAUACUGCCACUUCAGAGUAUCUUUUUUGUGAUGAUUUCUUUGGAGAAAAUUCAAUCUUCUAUGAAAUAUUUGCAGGCCCAUUUGCAGUAAUUGAUGAGCAUUUCAACACAGUACUUCCAAAUAAUUAUGAUGCAAUUGGCAUAAUGCUUAUGAUCAGGAUAAUUCACCAGCACCAGUUGAUCAUGUUUAAGAGGAGGAUACCUUGUCUGGACUCUUACUUAGAUAAGGUCAAUAUUUCUUUAUGGCCUCGUUUCAAGAUGGUAUUCGACAUGCAUCUCAACAGUUUGCGCAAUGCUGAUGUGAAGACCCUAUGGGAAAGUGAUGUUCAUCCUCACUAUGUAAUGAGGCGUUACGCUGAAUUCACCGCUUCGCUUGUUCACCUCAAUGUUGAACAUGGAGAUGGUCAACUUGAUUUGAAUUUGGAGCGAUUGCGUAUGGCUGUUGAUGACCUGCUUGUUAAGCUUGCGAAAACCUUCACAAAACCAAAGUUGCAAACAGUGUUCCUCAUAAAUAACUAUGAUAUGACGAUUGCUAUAUUGAAAGAAGCAGGUGCAGAAGGUGGAAAAUUGCAGAUGCAUUUUGAGGAUCUUCUAAAGAGCAACAUAUCUGUAUUUGUGGAAGAACUGCUCCUGGAGCAUUUUAGUGACUUGAUCAAGUUUGUAAAAACGCGAGCCUCUGAAGACACGAGUCCCACUGCAGAAAAGGCUGGUGUUUCUGAUGUUGAACCCUUGGUCAAGGACUUCGCAAGCAGAUGGAAGGGAGCGAUAGAGUUGAUGCACAAGGACAUUAUUACUUCUUUUAGUAAUUUCUUAAGUGGAAUGGAUAUUUUGAAAUCGGCAUUGACACAGCUGCUGCUCUAUUAUACAAGGCUUUCGGAAUCUGUGAAGGGAAUUCCAGGUGGUUCUGCAUUGAAUAAGGAUCUUGUUUCCAUAUCCUCUAUAUUAUAUGAGAUUAAGAAGUAUUCGAGAACCUUUUAGCUUGAAAUCCUGAAAGCAUUUGAAGAGUACUUUUUGACAACCGUGAAGUGUAAGCCGCGCAAGGAUGGGGAUAAAAUAUUAAUUUGAUGCCGAAGGUGGAUUUGUUUGUAGUGUUUCGAGUUCAUUUCAAAUCUUGACAAAAGUAUGAUGUUAUAAUACACUAUGGGUGGGGUGGCAAUUGAUUUUUUGGGUCAUGGAAGAUUAACUAAUUUGGUGUAUGAUAUAACUCGAGUUAAAUUGAAUGUAAUAUAGAGAAGCAAGCACAUACUGAGUUGUUGAUUCUUGUCGACGAUGAAGCGUAUAAUAAGUAUGACCUUUGCUUUGUUUUCA